CGUUGCCCGGAGACCGAAAGUUUGCGAGCCAGAACAGGCUUGGCGGCGGCCCCGGAAAGGGGGUCCAGGGGGCGGCGGCCCUGGGGAUGGGGAAGGAGCAGGAGCUGCUGGAGGCGGCCCGCACCGGACACCUCCCGGCCGUGGAGAAGCUGCUGUCCGGGAAGCGGCUCUCCUCAGGCUUCGGGGGCGGCGGCAGCGGGGGCUCAGGGGGAGGCAGCGGCGGCGGCGGCGGCGGCGGCGGUGGUCUCGGCUCCUCGAGCCACCCCCUCUCCAGCCUGCUCAGCAUCUGGAGAGGGCCAAAUGUGAACUGUGUUGACAGCACUGGGUAUACACCUCUGCACCAUGCUGCUUUGAAUGGCCAUAAGGAUGUGGUCGAGGUUCUUCUGAGGAACGACGCGCUGACCAACGUGGCUGACUCUAAAGGCUGUUACCCUCUGCACUUGGCAGCCUGGAAAGGAGAUGCCCAGAUAGUGCGAUUGCUCAUCCAUCAAGGGCCCUCACACACCAAAGUCAAUGAACAGAAUGCUCUUGAGAUCAAAGAACUCAAAAAGUACGGCCCCUUUGACCCUUAUAUCAAUGCCAAGAACAAUGACAACGAGACGGCCCUGCACUGCGCAGCGCAGUAUGGCCACACGGAGGUGGUGAAGGUCCUCUUAGAGGAGCUGACUGACCCCACCAUGCGCAACAACAAGUUCGAGACGCCUCUGGACCUGGCUGCACUCUACGGGAGGCUGGAGGUGGUGAAGAUGCUCCUCAACGCACACCCCAACCUCCUGAGCUGCAACACUAAGAAGCACACCCCUCUGCACUUGGCAGCAAGGAAUGGCCACAAAGCCGUGGUCCAGGUCCUCCUGGAUGCCGGCAUGGAUAGCAAUUACCAGACGGAGAAGGGCAGUGCUUUGCAUGAGGCUGCUUUGUUUGGCAAGACCGAUGUGGUGCAAAUCCUGCUGGCUGCAGGAAUUGACGUCAACAUAAAAGAUAACCGUGGACUGACUGCCUUAGACACUGUCCGGGAGCUGCCGUCUCAGAAGAGCCAGCAGAUAGCAGCACUGAUCGAAGAUCACAUGACUGGAAAAAGAAGUGCAAAAGAGGUAGAUAAAACCCCCACAGCCCAGCCACCUCUCAUCUCCAACAUGGACUGUAUAUCCCAGAAGUCUCAGGGUGACGUGGAGAAAGCAGUGACUGAACUGAUCAUCGAUUUUGACACCAACAUGGAAGAGGAGGGUCCCUAUGAGGCGCUGUACAACGCUGUCUCCUGCCAUUCAUUGGACAGCACGGCCAGCGGGCGCUCGUCUGACCGGGACUCCGUGAGCAGGGAGGCUGAGACGGCGGGAGUGAAAGCUGCUGGAGUGAGGCCUAGGGAACGUCCUCCGCCUCCAGCAAAACCACCACCCGAUGAAGAGGAGGAAGACCGCAUAGAUAAGAAGUAUUUUCCCUUGACAGCUUCUGAGGUCUUGACCGUGAGACCCUGGAUUCAGGGGAGCGCAGCCAGGGAGGAGGACGAGCAUCCUUAUGAGCUACUGCUGACAGCAGAGACAAAGAAGCUGGCAUCCGUGGACGGAAGGACAAAAGACCACAGGCGGAGCAGCGGCAGCCGGAGCCAGGACUCUGCAGAGGGGCAGGACGGGCAGGUCCCGGAGCAGUUCUCAGGUCUCCUCCACGGCUCCUCCCCAGUGUGUGAGGCGGGGCAGGACCCUUUCCAGCUGCUCCCAGCCCCUGGCCAGAGCCAUCAAGAAGGGUCCCCCGCGCAGGGUGCCCGCCCCGAGGCAGGCAUGCAGCUGGAGGAGACGGGCGGGCGCGCGUCUGGAGCCUCCGUGCCCCGCUUGCCGGACCAGAGUAAGAGAGUGGGCUAUCCAGCUGGCCUGCCUCCCGCCCACAGCCAGACGCACCCCGAAACUUCGACGCGCACUGCAUCUCCACGCCCUGGGGGUGCCGAGGAAGAAGGCGACCGGAGUGGGGCCAGAAGCCGAGCCCCUCCCACCGGCAGACCCAAAGCUGAGCUCAAACUCAGCCGCAGCUUGUCCAAGUCUGACUCUGAUCUCCUGACCUGCUCACCCACGGAGGACACUACGAUGGGGAGCCGGAGCGAGUCCCUGUCCAACUGCAGCAUCGGGAAGAAGAGGCUGGAGAAGUCUCCCUCCUUUGCUUCUGAGUGGGAUGAGAUUGAGAAGAUCAUGAGCUCUAUUGGAGAAGGGAUCGACUUUUCUCAGGAACAGCAGAAGAUCUCAGGUUCGCGGCCGCCGGAGCAGAGCGUCGGGGAGUGGCUGGAGGCCGUGGGGCUGCAGCAGUAUGAGAGCAGGCUGCUUCUCAAUGGCUUUGACGAUGUCCGCUUCCUGGGGCCUAAUGUGAUGGAAGAUCAAGACCUGCGGGAAAUUGGCAUCAGUGAUGCACAGCACAGGCGGAAGCUGCUCCAGGCUGCGCGGUCCUUGCCCAAGGUGAAGGCUCUGGGCUAUGAUGGGAACAGCCCCCUGUCAGUGCCCUCCUGGCUGGACUCCCUGGGCCUGCAGGACUACGUCCAUUCCUUCCUGUCGAGUGGUUACAGCUCCAUUGACACUGUGAAGAACCUCUGGGAGCUGGAGCUUGUUAACGUCCUGAAGGUGCACCUGCUCGGCCAUCGCAAGCGCAUCAUCGCCUCCCUGGCAGAGAGACCCUACGAGGAGCCGCCCCAGAAGCCCCCCCGGUUUUCCCAGCUGAGAUGCCAAGACUUGCUCUCGCAGACGUCGUCCCCCCUGAGCCAGAAUGAUUCCUGCACCGGCCGGUCGGCUGACCUGCUGCUGCCUUCUGGGGACACGGGCAGGAGGCGACAUGACAGUCUCCAAGACCCUGCGGCACCCUCUCGGGCCGAGCGCUUCAGGAUCCAGGAAGAGCACCGAGAGGCCAAGCUGACCCUUCGGCCCCCAAGCCUGGCUGCCCCCUAUGCCCCUGUGCAGAGUUGGCAACACCAGCCGGAGAAACUCAUCUUCGAGUCCUGCGGCUAUGAAGCCAAUUAUCUGGGCUCCAUGUUGAUCAAAGAUCUGCGAGGGACAGAAUCCACGCAAGAUGCCUGUGCCAAGAUGCGGAAAUCCACGGAGCACAUGAAGAAGAUCCCCACCAUCAUCCUGUCCAUCACCUAUAAAGGUGUCAAGUUCAUCGACGCCUCCAACAAGAACGUCAUCGCAGAGCACGAGAUCCGGAACAUUUCCUGUGCCGCCCAGGACCCGGAGGACCUCUGUACCUUCGCCUACAUCACCAAGGACCUGCAGACCAGCCACCACUACUGCCACGUUUUCAGCACAGUGGACGUGAACCUGACCUAUGAGAUCAUCCUGACGCUGGGGCAGGCGUUUGAGGUGGCCUAUCAGCUGGCUCUACAGGCCCAGAAGUCCAGGCCGACGGGGACUUCUGCUGCCGAGAUGAUCGAAACAAAAUCUUCCAAACCGGUGCCUAAGCCUCGGGUCGGCAUGAGGAAGUCAGCACAGCUGGAACCACCCGAUAUGGACCCAGAUGCCCAGUCCCAUGCCAGCGUCUCCUGGGUUGUGGACCCCAAACCAGACUCUAAGCGGAGCCUCAGCACCAACUGAGCCACUGAGGAACCAACUGUGCUGCGGAAACAGCUGUGGGGAGCGCAGGCUCCCACCGCCGCCACCACCGUCUCAGCUGCAGCUUUGAAGACACAGGCCCCACUACUGCCCGUAGGACCUCCUCGCGGCUGCAUGGUUCGGGCCUGCCACUGCCAGGUCUCGCCAAGUGAGCCCUGCCCUGGUUGCGGAGCAGCCCUCCAGGCCUCUAGCAGAUGAGGUUGGGACUCCAGAGGGCCAAGAAGUGACUUGUCCAGAAAACACUUUUUAAUAGAAAAAAAUUUUUUUAUAAAAUGAACUUUCAACACUUGGCUCAACAACCCUCUAGGUUAAACUGCCAAUCUUUAGACAAUGGCCAUAGGGUCAGAGGACAGCGGGCCUCUGUCCUCAGGCUGGGGUCUUGGCGUGCUUGGGCAGCUCUGAGAGAAGGUAGUGGGUGAAUUGAAUCUGCUCGACAGACCCGCCAGUCAGCUGCUCUUCCUUCUGAGCCACACGGCUUCUCGUCCCCGCCUGCAGCUGGGGGCAGCCCGUAGAGGCGCCUGGCAAAAGCAGAGGCUUCUGGGGUUCCAAAUGUGAAGGUCUGGGGCCACGCAGAGAUGCACAAGCAGGUCGCGGUGCCCAAGCUCUGGGCUGUUCCUCCGUCUUGGAUCCAGCGGUGGUCAGAGCACUGCCCUGGGCUGCCUGGCCGCAGGCCCUCCAGUGACCUCAGACUGUCUGAGUCCAGGCAGAAAGGAGAAGCAGCAGCUUUGUUUGUUUGGGGCAUUGACGGGUAGGUCGGCUGAGGUGGCUGCCUGCUGAUUUGCGAUUUGUCUAAUCAGCUCUGUGUGAUUAGGACUCACUUUGGUUCUCUGAAUUAUCGGUUUGAUUGUCAUCCUUUCAGCUGCUGGGCUCCCCUCUGGCUCCAAGGGUAGAGAAGGCUGAAUCAGGUGACAGUUUGAUUCUCCCCGAGUGUGGCCUUCAGGGCAGGCUGGCGUCCAGGCGCUGCUGCUGCCUGAGCCCUCCUGCUUGGCUGGCUUUGCUUUUCACCUUUGGUUGCGUUGCUCCUCCUGGAGGCAGAGGCAGAGCCAGAGGGGCUGUUCCUGUGAGGCUGGGCCAGGUCAACUGCCCGUCCAGCACCUUCCAGAGCAGAGCCUUUCCUCCCACGGGGCCGCGAGCUGACUUUCCGCUUUGCUGGCACAGCACAGUCUGGUCCCAGGAUCAGUAGUCCAGGCUUCAGUAGCGCCUCUCUCUCUCCCGGCAGGGGCUGUGAAUGAGCAGGGAGCGCCCCGGCGCACCUUCACAGCCCUGUGGUUGGCCAGCAGUGGAAAGCUGGGCUGUGUCUUCCUGCUGACCUGAGGCUGGGCCCUGUGGGUUUCCUUUCCGCUGAGCCAUCCACACCGCAGGCCUGGGGAGUCACACCCCCUCUCACUGAUCCCGCCCUUCUCGGUACUAAACAAGGACCUCGAUACCGGGAAGUCUGACUUCACGUCCUGCUGCUUCCAGGGCCCGUCGGCUUCCACUGAGCAGUAUUCAGCCCCUACUUCCUUCCAGGUAUGGACGAGGAACCCCGAGCUGGGUGGGUAAACCGCAGCUCCUGCUGCAGUGCGAGUGCUGUGCCCUCUUCCUCCUGAGGAAGGUCGGUCUCCUCUAAGCAGCCCUCUCUUGGUGGGUGGUGGGUCCAUAAAGAAAACUGUAGACACUACGCUGAGUUCCUCAAGCUGUCUUUUUGUUUUUAAGUCAUAGGUAGGUGUCUCCUCCCCUUGAAGCUGCUAUAUCUUCUUUAUUUAUUCAGGGUGUUUCAUGUUGGAAAGCCUUGGUUCAUCUGCUCUGGCUCUGGAUUUUGUUUUGAGCUUGUUUCAUUUCUCAAUAGCCAAGAAAGGAAGGGACUAGAUAUUUCUUUUUUACUCCUCCUCCGGGACAGGUACUCUCCCUCCCCUAGAAAGAAAAAUUUUAACACCAGGACAGGCUUCACGUGGAGAGAAGCCCUGCUCCUGCACGUGAGCACAGGCCCCACCGUGUGGCAGCACCGUUCUGAACUGUGCAGGCCGUUCAGGCGGUACCUGAGAUAGGUCAGUACCUGCCCGGCCACAGGCUCUCUGCUCCGCCCUUCUGCUUGCAGCUACUCCGAGCAGGGCUUCCCUCCGACAGGCUCUGCAUUUGCAACGCUCGCAUCCCCCCGGGGCCCCCAGCUUGGACUCUGGGGAGUCCCCGGAGAAGUCUCGGGCUGAGCAGACUGGUCUGCCCUCGGCCUGUGUUGUGAUGCCCAGGCCUGCAGGACAACUCUCAGACGCAGUUCACAAAGUGGUGUUGCUAAUGGUGUGGCAAUGGGACUGAAUUGUAAUAAAACGUUAUUUAAUCUUUGUCUCUGUAUUUUGAUACUUGAAUGACUUCCCCUUUUAUUUUACUGUACAUAUAAUUGUUAAUCUGUCCAGUUUUGUCUAAAUUACAAACAUCUUGUGGUACCAAACAUAACCGAUCUGUGCAACAACAUAGACUGACCUCACUACACGAGAGAGAGUGUAAAUAUUCCUGGGCUUUUGGCUUUGGUUUUGUUAUUUUCGUAACUGUACAACUUAGAACAGACUGAAUUAAUAAAUGAGAAGCGACAU